AUGCGCAGAAAGUAUCUAGCGACGUUGCAGUUUCGUCGCAGCAUCGUCGAGUAUUUUUGGGAUCCUACCGUUGUAACUUGAAAAAUGGGGUCUAUCGGUAUCCCCGUUAAACUUCUUCAUGAAGCGGUUGGUCAUAUCGUGACGCUAGAGACGGAUCAAGGCGAGAUUUACCGCGGGAAAUUGCUGCAAGCUGAAGACAACAUGAACUGUCAAUUGCAGAACAUCACAUUGACGAGCAGAGAUGGACGAGUUACGCAACUAGAGCAAGUCUUUAUUCGUGGCAGCAAAGUGCGCUUUUUUAUUCUUCCCGACAUGUUGAAGAAUGCUCCCAUGUUCAAGAAGGGUACGAAAAUGGUAGCACAGGCGAGUGGAGGAGGACGCGGCAAAGCAGCCCUUUUACGGCAACGAACUGCUGGACGGGGUGUUGUUGGUAGAGGAAGAGGAGUUGCUCCUUCGGGAGGCAAUGUGUAUCAAAGAAGAGUGUAGCUAGUGAAGAUGUAGAUUUGAUUGUACUGACUAAUUGGUACACUACUCUGUAACUAUUUGCGUUUAAAUCUACAUUGGGUGCAUUAGUUCACGACUUGUGGUGCCUUGUCAGCUGCUAUUCAAGGUUCCUUGUUAUUACAAAGUUGCUGACAUCAUACAAGUAUUGAAUACAUACGAGUUUGGUUUCUCAA